AUAGACAAAGCAUCGUGCAGACCCUGGUAACCAAGUGGCGUGUGUGAGUGCAUGUGUGACUGUGAUCGUGUGUGUUGCUUUUAUCCUGUAAAUUUUUUAUUCGUAACCACUCCGAUUGUGCGUGUGACGGGUGUGACUGACUGCGUGAGAAUGUGCAAGCUAAGAACUGCCGAAUCUUGGUAGCGCACGCUUACUGCGUCUUGCUCUGGCUUACAAGUCAGCUGAGAGAGAAACAACAAAAGUUUUUCCCAGUCACGUCGCGAGGCACGAGUGGAGAGAGAGCGAUGGAGGACUUGAAGUGCGGUUUCGUGGGGCUGGUGCGCGGUGUUUACGAUUCCGUCGUGGGAAUCGGCGUCGUCAAAGCCCUGGACGCCGAUCAAAGGAGAUCAGCUGCUCAGCGAGCCACUGACGCUGCGUCGCAACCCGCGACUGCCCUGGCUCUACGCAGGGCCGCGGUCCAGGCUUUAGCCUUCGGAGCUUCUUCCUCGACGGUUGAACAGCAGCAUCCGUCAUCGUUGUCGUCCCCGCUGCGUACUAGACGCGAAGAGCCUCGGCUUCUGUACCGCAUUUUCCAGUGCUGUCUGUUGAACGGCGGCGUCUUCGGACUGAGCAUAGUCGCUUUCAACUACCUGCUUCUCCCCGCCGUGCAGUCGCUGAUCGGCCUGCUAUACGGCAACCACCAAAGUUCCCCGGCGAACAGCAUAUGGACUUGGUUGCAGCCGCUGCUCGUCUACACGUUUCAGGGGCUCUGGGUGCUUCCGCUGUUCUUGCUAAGCAAGUUUGUGAACAGCUUGUGGUUCCAGGACAUAGCGAACAUCGCGUUUCGCCACAUCACGGGCGGGCGCCCGACGCUCCUGCCCAGCGUCAGCCGCAUCCUCUCGGACGUGCUGUUCAGCGUGCUGGUGCAGACCCUGUUUUUGUUUCAGUCGCACCUCGUAGGCGCGCUACCCAUCGGCAAGAUAGGUGAGCUCGUCAGCCUGAUCCACCUGUGCCUGCUGUACUCUCUCUACGCGUUCGAGUACGUUUGGUUCAGCCGCGGCUGGGAGCUGCACCGGCGGCUUUCGUUCAUCGAGGACAACUGGCCGUACUUCGUCGGGUUCGGUCUGCCGCUGGCCAUGCUCACUUCGUGGCCCACGUCGUACUUCAUAAGCGGCUCCAUCUUCUCGAUCCUCUUCCCGCUGUUCAUCCUGAGCGCCCAUGGUGUCACGCCGGCCACUGGCACUGCCAGGUUUCCCCUUCAACUCUUCUCUCCGUCCAUCUGGGUCUCCAACGCGAUCUUCCAUCGGCUGACGGCCAACUGCACUACCAAGCCCGUUCGUCCCGCGGUCUCGCGACAAAAGCGGUCGGUCACCCGCGAGCACCGGAAGCAGUCCUUGUCUCCCCGUGCAUUGCGCCCAAGAACCGCCUGCCACUCCCAGCUGAUGGACCGGCUCAGCCACGCUGGGGACGUCUUGAUGUUACUCCAUGCGAGGUUGUCUAGCAGUCACCGUCGCAUUCGUAAACGACGUCGUUCACAAAUGUGACGGCUUCCCUCGCAACAACGAUGCAACACAUGCCGCAGCCACCAGGAUUGGGUCGUCUCACGACCGAGGUGGCUGCAGCAGCUUGUGAGCAUUUAUCAAUGGAUGGCUGUUGUUCCAGCGACUGUGUGACACGCCCAGCUUUAUUCGAGGGCACAACACUGUUUUAGUAUUUUAUUAUAAUUAUUGACCUGUCAGUCAAGGUUCGAGAGCCUUGUGAUGUGCCCUUGGCUGCUGUGUACGAACUUUUUAAGAAGCAGGGCGGGGUGUUCUGCGAUACUUUUGGUCGCUAACAGCUUCAUGCACCUCAUUUGUCGCUGCUGCAUUGCAUCAAGAACACCGUGAGUUGUCUGGACACGGCUGUGAACAGUCCCAUGCACAUAAUAUAAAGGAUACUGUAGAGAUUAUGUUAUUUUGUUCCUAUUGAACAAAACAUCUUUUCUGAAAUGCCGUAUCGAAAUAAAAGUGCAUGUUUUAUUGUUUUCAGUUGCAGUGCUAGACUUUCUCUUUGACCACAUUGGUCUCAAUCAACUUAUAAAACAUUUUAGGGGGUCUGCAAUCGGAAUAAGCCUUGUUCCUUUUGCCCCAUGUCAUGCAGGGCCAUUGAAUAAAAUUUAAUAAUUUAAUGUAAUAUGUACACAGUUGGUGUACACGAUCUCGGUUCUUAAUUGGGACAUUGCAGGCAUACCAUGUUCUCAAUUUCUUGCCAACAUAUCUCAUCACUUACAUCUUUUUAUUUUAGCUAGCAAGUAGCAGCACUGUUUGUUUCUUUGUAGAACUGAUGUUGGCUAUCAGGUCUACUACAUAUGGACCCUGAUAGCAGUGUUAGCUUAUAUCAGCUGUUCUUAUCUGUGGCUGCUAAAACUUGUAGAAACCUGACGGGGGAGAUUGUUUGCAUGCACCACUAUCUUAAAGAGACACUGCAGGGAAAAUAUUGAGCCAAGCUAGAUCGAUAGAUUAUUCGUCUAUUAUUGUUUUGUGUGUGCCAGUAUGUCCCGUUGUUGAGUGGAAAAUUUCCACCGAAGGUCCUGUUGCUGCUCCUCAAUUUGAACUGCCCACUCCAAUAUGGAUGAGUUGACAUUAUGUCCACUUGAUCUCCCUCUGUGAUGCUCUCUGUGAAUCAGCCAGUAUUGAUGUCGCAGAAGUAGUACUUAGUCCACAGCAGGUGGCGCCACUACAAUUUUUCAUUUUCGUCAUUUUCUCGCUCGCAAAAAAGCUCUGUUCUCGCUAUGACUGAAGAAUUCGUUAUUACAGAAGCCUAAUCGUUCAAUCUAGCUCGACCUAAUAUUUUCCUUUAGUGUCUCUUAAACAUACUAUGUAACGGUCAACAGCUUUGUACUGUCUUUUACAUUUUUGUCUACACUUCCCGACCAAUAAGGGCCUCCCUGUAUCUGCAAGCUCAGUGUCGGCAGCCGUUUUAGGCUUGUAAAUGUUGCAUGCUAGCUGUGCAUUAAUGGGUUACGGCGAAACUGCUUAAAGCACACUAGCAUGAAGUGUGGGACCAUGGCUUCUUUAGCUCGCAUGCCUGAGUUCUACUUUGACUUGGUCAUAGGGCAUUGCAGAAACGUUUUCCAUCUGCCUUAUCUGUUGCAAAGGCUUGCGGUACAUUAUUGUGCAUGCCCAAGGCUCAAGGCAUUUAACGUAAUCCCCUCUUCCUUUUUCUUUUGUGAAUAAUUUGCAGAGCUGGUACGGAGAAGUUUGUGGCUCAUUUGCAUCGAACAUUCACGUGGCUUUCUGUCAAUGCUAAAAGGGUAGUCGAACAACUUCGGCUCCAUUCGAUUUGCCCUGAACUUUGUGAAAUAGUUCCCGCCUGUUCGUUGAAAGUACUUGCUAGUGCAGAACCGGCAUGGCAUGACCUGGAUGAGCCCUGCACUACCUCUCGGACAAGUGCAGGAAAUGCUGCGAACUUGUACGCGAAGCCUGCGCUGUGCGAUACAAAUGGCAACAUGCCAGUGCACCACAUUUUUGAAUUGGCGAAAUCAAUAGCAAAGUGUGGCACCUUUUGAAAUAGUUCAGAAAGUGCAGAUGAAAAUGAAUGGGCCUUUCUUUAGUAGGCAGGCUCUGUGAUGAAAUUUCCCACUUCUUGUAGCUUUGUCAAGCCUAAUGUCAUUUUUGUUGUUGUUCAUUUGGCUUUACAUUCUUUUUAGUAUGGUUAAUUCGUUAGUCAGCAUUGUCGCCCAUAGGAGCAGUAUGUUCACUUUUCAGCUAACACGCAUUCAAGCAGCAGCAUUCGGUGCUCUAGCAGUGUCGAGCCUUGAUAUAACAAGCAUGAAUACUAUAAUGAAUUAUUGGGUGCGACAAAGUAAAUCUAAAAUGUUUCUCGGCAAUAUCGGCACGUAACGAAUGCGUACUUACACCAAAAUGUUGGAUACAGUGAGGGUAUUUUCGUGCUGGAUGCGCCUUCGUUAUAAUGAGACUCGUUAGUAAAACAGCGAGCCGUAGCAAUGCCGCGUUCCGAGAUCCCCAUUGUCAUGAAUUCAGGAAAUGUACUAGGCCAGUAUGGGCAGCCGUGCUAGUUGAUUAAGGAUUAAACUUGCAAACAGUAGUGAAAAGAGAAAAACUGUUAGGACAGGUGCAAACCUUCAUCUGAACUUUAUUUCAAAAAGCAAGCCCACCCUAAAGGAAAACAUGCAAUGUAUAAGCAUUGAGCAUGGACACACAUGGCAAACCAUAAAUAGCUUGAGCUUGUGUGCCAUCAUUUAGGGUGCUGUGGGGAGGCAAAACUUCAGUGUUCCAAGAAUGCAUCUUGUAAGGAUUUUCACCCAUCGAUUAAGAAAAGAGACCGUUGAAAUGCAUACUUGACUGUUCGGUUUUCAUGAGCUCGUUGGUGCACUUUCAUGUGCAAUACAGAUACUUUUCAAGCUUUCCUGACAAACUAUUGCAGUCCAAGGUUUCCACAGUGCUGCUUCUAGAAGUGGUUUCACAUAAUGUUGAACAGCUUGUGGUAAAGCAAGGAACUCAGCUUGGCUAGUAAACGAGAUGGUCUGUGUAGCGCGACGCAUAUUGUCACAAUAAUUUUGUUCCUUAAUUCUUGUGUCCUUGUCUCUGUGUGGCACUACUGUUCAUCCCAAUUGUUCUAGUGGGUUUAUUAUAACGAGUGCAAGCCACACGAAAUGUUUCCUGUUCGACUCCGCCCCCUCUGUUUCGUUUCCUGGUCCUAUUCAGACGUCCCUUCAGUGAUUACACUGGUAGCAGCGUCUCCACGCACUGUGCAUCAGAUUUACGAGUGGCUGCGUUAAAAAAAAAAAAAAAAGACCAGGGCACUAAGAAUUUCAUAGUGCCCACUCGUCAUUUCCAACUCUUGUAGUUACUGUUACACAGACAAUAUGGAAACACCUUAGGAGUAGUUCGAUUGCUUCUCUCUGCAUUGAAUGCAUGCAGAUAGUGGACAGAAGUUGCUUGUAAAUGCCUGCAAAUUAAAGCUUGAUGCCGGCGAGCCUUAGGGUCCAUGAAAGUAGAUACGCAGUAUGCUAAAUUUCUCUGUGUGUGUGUGAGCUUACAAGGCUGCAAUCAACUUGGGGAAUUGAACAAGAAAAGCACUUCUGUCUUCAGGUUUCAUUUUUACUUGUCAUUCACUGUGGGACGGCUUUUGCAACCUCAUAGACACAGUCCUUUACGAAAGAAGUGUUUACAGCUUUCAGUAUCUAUUAUUGAGUGAUAGCACUGAUGAAUCCAGAGUAUAUGCUUUGAUGAGACCCUUGAGGCUACCUUGGAUCUGCCCCAGGCAAAUAGCAACUGUUAAUAGUAGAACUAUUGGCCACUGUAGUAUGCCAUGCUUACUUUACUAGCUCUGAUGCAAAAAGGGUGUUGAAGAGCAAACCUGAUUGUUGUCAGUAAGUACUAGGGGAACUUAUUUUGAACCUUUGUCAUUUAUUACUCACAUGACAACAAAGUGUUGUGUUAAUCACAGGGGGAAAAUAUAUUCAAAUGCAAGUCUACUAACUCCCCAGCGGGGUUACAUAUGGGUGUUCCAAAGAGGCAAGGAGCCGCCAAUACGCCCUUUUUUAUUUUAUUUUUUUAAUGAGGACUACACUUUUACUUUGAACUGGUGGUGCUUUUCUGCAAUGUUGGGUUUAAUAAACUCAGAGCAGUCUUAUCUGCGCUGGACAGUGCUUCGAACGUGAUAUAAGUGUUUGUAUUGGUGCUGGUAUUAUUUAAAUGCUGAGAGCCUGUGAUCAUGUAAAUCAGUAUGUAAAUAUUACUUUCUUUUUGUUGCAGUGGUGCAUGACUUUCGUAAGUGAGAUAGAAUCAAAUAUAUAUGUAUAUACAUACUGAUACAAAUGACUUGCCUGCUUGGACGAGAAAGCCUGGAUAUGAGCGUGUCUACUGUGUGCAUAUUGUGUACUGUCUGUGAUGAGCAUGUUUUUUUUUUUUUUCUUUUUUUAAGGAUAGCUGCUUGUUUUAUUGCCUGGUGUGUCACUUUUUUUUUUCUUAGUGCAAUGCUUGGGUGUUGCUAAUCUAAUGUGCAACACCCUUAACCAUUGCUGCCCCACUUUUGGCCUUGUAAAAGCACGCCACUUGGGAUACAAAUAAAUAUGCGUGAAGCUUUAUGCUCA